AUGGAGGGCCGGGGAUCGUCGGUCCUCUGGACCUACCCAGCUGCAGGAGAGGGAUGGGAGGACCGGAUAGGAGUCCUGGAGGAGAAGGUCCUGGACGUGCCAGAGGGGACUGAGGUUCCCUAUCCAAUUCAUCAGUUCAAAUCGGCCAACCCGGAGGUGAUGGCGUACAAGCUGUCUGGCCAAACCAAUGGGAAUAUCGCCAUUUCCAGCGAUGGCUGGCUGUACCUGCUGGAGCCCCUGGACUGGUCCUUCGAAUCCAGUUACAGUUUAGAGAUUGAAGCCCUAGCUGAUAACGAAACAGUGGACGGACCGGUCUCAGUGACUAUAAAUGUAAAAGACAUCAAUAACCAUCCUCCAAACUUUGACCAGGCAGAGUACAAUGGAGAGGUGAUGGAGCGUACUCCAGCUGGAGAGCCUUUUAUGAGGGUUUCUGCUACUGACGAGGACAACCCCGAAACCCCCAACGCCAGGCUAAGCUACAGUAUCGUGAGCCAAAUCCCAGACCGACUCAAAAAGCCGCUUUUCCAGAUCAACAGAGUAACUGGGGAAAUCUCCACCACUCCAGAGGGAGAGGAGUUUCUGGCAGCCAGAGGGGGUGUCCUUUUCAGCAACAAAGAGGACCAGGCGAGCAACUUGGAGCAUCUGAAGAGUAAAUUUGAUGAGUACUGUACUCAGCCCCAGGAUGUCCCCUACGAGCUGAAUCCUUUCUUCACCUGUGUCGAGAGAUCAGAAACCAUGAGGAUGAACCCCUUGGAUGACCCAGACUACAUCCUGAUCAUUAGGGUUCAGGACCUGGAGGGGCAGUCCGAGAAUGCCUUCAGCGGAAAUGCCAAGGUCAACAUUGUGGUGAAGCAAAACUUGUGGAAGUCCCCUGGUCCCAUCACGAUUCCUGAGAACCUGGAAGCUGAAUACCCAAUGCUUAUCGCUAAGGUUCAGUCAAAUGGCCCCGGAGCACAUUACUUUCUCACCCAGAAGGAGAAGCUUCUCGACUUCCCUUUCACAAUAAAUGAAGAGGGUCAGAUAUUUGUCAUGGAGCCUUUGGACAGAGAGAAGAAAGAUAUGUAUAUUCUGGUGGUGUACGCUCAAGAUGAGGAGGGCUUAGACCUGGACAAGCCCAUGGAGAUCCCGAUCGUGGUGGAAGACGUCAACGACAAUGCGCCAGCGUGCGAAGUGUCAGAGAGUGUGUUUGAGGUGCAAGAAAACGAACCACUGGGGAACCAGGUUGGAGUGCUGCAAGUUUACGACCUUGACCAAGAAGGUACAGCCAACUCUUUGCUCAGCUACCAGCUUAUAUCCCAGGAACCGCCAACACCUUCUGGCACGUUCACCAUCGAGGGAAUCAGUGGGAAGAUCCAGCUUGCCACCGCGCAUAUAAAGAGGAAGGACAAUCCUGAGUAUCAGCUCAUGGUCAAGGUUUCUGACCAAAAUGGGGCAGGUUUGAGCACGGAGUGCAAGGUUAUCAUCAAGGUCAUCGAUAUCAAUAAUGAGGUUCCUGUGUUUGAGAAAAGUGACUAUGGAGUCCUGAGCGUCGCUGAGGACUCACCCCCAGGGACCACUCUGCUCUCUGUCUUGGCCACGGAUGCUGAUGAUCCUGGGACUGGGAGCUCCAAGGUUGUGUACCAUAUUAAGGAAGGGGACCCUGAGGGGUUGUUUGCCAUGGACGCCGAAGGACACGUCUACAUUGCCAGGCCCCUUGAUUUUGAGACCAAAGCCAAUUACCGUCUGCAAAUUGACGCCACCAAUCCUGAACCCCUUGUGCCAGGGGUGGAGUACGGCGCUGAAUCAACCACAUUUGUGACCAUCAAUGUCUCCAAUGUGGACGAGCUCCCAGAGUUUGACACAGAUAUCUUUGAGGUGAAUGCCCCGGAGAACAUCACUGUCGGAGAGACCAUUCUCAAAAUGAAUGCCAAGGAUCCUGAAGAUGCAGAAAUCAGAUACCAACUGGAAGGUGAUGACAAGAAAUGGCUGCAGAUCAAUGCUGAAACUGGAGAAAUAAAGACAGUAGCCAAGCUGGAUCACGAGCAGGUGGCUGUGUACACUGUCAAAGUCAUUGCUUUUGAGAAAGCAUCACCAGAGAAAAAGACGGAGAAGGACGUCACCAUCCGGGUGCUGGACAUCAACGACAAUGUCCCCGCACUCAAGGAGAAGCAGGGCUUUGUGUGCGCAAAGAAGCUUACGCCCAUCCUUCUGUCCGCCGUGGACAACGACAGCCCUCCAUUUGGAGAACCAUUCACGUUCACACUGGCCCAACCCAAGAAGUACCAGAACUGGGAAAUUAAAGCUGUCAAUGGCACUUCUGCCAAACUGGUUCUGAAGAAAAUGCCCGAGGAAGACAAAACCUACCGCCUCCCCAUCAACAUCAAAGACAAUGCAGGCAUGGGAGUGUCUCAUACGUUUGAAGUCCGAGCAUGCAACUGCACAGAGCUGGGCUACUGCUACACUCAGCCUGAAGCCCACCCAUGGAAGUACGGCAUGUCAUCCACAAUUGCGAUCCUGGGCGGGACCUUUGGGUUCAUAGCGGUGUUCCUGGCCAUCGUCUUCCACAGGUCCAAAAAGCAGAAUAAGAAGACAGAUGGUGAAACGAACGCCAUGCUAUAA